CAGCAUGCUGAAUUCCGGUAUUUUGGCCAGACUUGUGUAUAAAAUAAAGUGUCCGGUAAGUUGGGUCAUUCAGCUUGGCUGGAGCAGACCUCGAACGGUUAAAGUUGUCAACAUAUAAAAUAUUGUUGAAGUAGAAACCUCAAUCAAUCGUACUCGUCGAUAAUUGAUAUCGAGUACUCGCUCUGGAGAACGCUGUGCAUUAAAGAAAACAUAAUCAUGGAUGACAACGUCACAAUUUUCAAAGAAGUCAAUACAACUGUGUUGCAAAGCAAAGAAUCAAUGGUUGUUCAGACUGUUGUCACGGAAGCACCAUUUGAAGUUAUAACGUCCUCAGUUGUCAAUGUCCUACUUGCUGUCCUAACCGUGAUAAUAUCCACUUAUGUGACAAGGAAAGUAUUACAAAGAACACAAGAUGGUCACAAAAAUGAAUCUCAUAAACACCAGACGGAUCCGAAUUGUGAUGACGAACACACAGUCAAUGAGGAUGGAGUAUCUCUGUUCUCCAGGUUAACUUAUAACUGGGUACAACCACUUCUGAAAAAAGGAAAUGAAAAGGCCGGUCUCUCAUCUAUAGAUAUGUUCGUCAUGCCAAACGAUCUCAACGUUAAGAGAGUUCAGGAACAGUUCUCUAAAACACUCCAACAGGUUGACUCUAGUGUACAGACUGACAAGAAAAAGAAGUCUACCUUACUGCAGGCGUUGUACAAAGCCUACGGACUGGAAUUUUUUCUUUACUGUGGUAUUUUAGAGUUAAUUGCACAUCUAAUUAACUUCACAGGUCCAAUAUCACUUGGUUUGUUGAUCGCCUUUUUCGAAAAUGGGGAUGAACCAUCAAACAUCGGUUAUCGUUAUGCCUUUUUAUUGUUCUUGUCGAGUUUUGGAAAAGCUCUCCUUGAGAGUAGAUUUCACUUUGUCCGUAUGCAUGUUUUUAUGAAAGUGAGAAUGUCUAUCAUGACGACUAUCUAUCAGAAAGUAUUGCGAAUAAGUACCGUCUCCUUAUCGAAAUUCAGCACUGGCGAGAUUGUCAAUUUUCUUGGGACUGAUACAGAUCGAAUGAUGGGCUUUUGCCAUUGCUUCCACGCCCUGUGGAGUCUUCCAUUUGAGACCAUAUUAUGUAUGUAUAUCCUAUAUCAACUGGUCGGGAUUGCCAUGUUGGGAGGACUAGUAGUAGCUUUGGUACUUGUCCCCAUAAACAAGAUCAUAUCAACGAAGCAAAUUGCUCUCGGAAAGUUACUAAUGGAAGAGAAAGACAAGAGAACGAAGUUGAUGAACGAGGUGCUGGGCGGAAUUAAGAUAAUCAAGCUUUACACAUGGGAAGAUCACUUCCGGAAGAUGAUUGACAAACUCCGUGAUGCUGAGUUACAGAUCAUGAAACAAAAGAAAGUUAUCGGAGCCAUCACUGGAUAUUUGUGGACACUGACCCCUAUCUUUAUGACCGUACUGACCUUCAGCUCAUACAUUAUGAUGGGAAAUACGCUAACGGCCGCCAAGAUGUUUGCAAGUCUAGCACUGUUUCUGAAACUCCUUGGAUCUCUCAAUCAUCUUCCUUGGGUCUUCAAUGGCAUAAUGGAAGCAGUUAUUUCCCUUGAAAGAAUUGAGAAAUUUGUUGCAUUGGAAGAUAUUGAUCUGGAAAAAUAUUACGAAACAAUACACGAAUCGAAGAAAUCCGAAAAUGUGAUAUCGGUGAACACUGGGAAAUUCACUUGGGAAGAGGAGAAGAUGCAAAGUGACGAAAAAGAAAGUGAGACUGAAUCUACCAGCGAAUCAGAGGAGGCAACCAGUAAAUCUGGAACUCUAAGUCUGCGAAAUAUUACUGUGGAUAUCACAAAAGGUCAGUUCAUAGGAGUGGUCGGCAAGGUUGGCUCUGGAAAAAGUUCCUUUCUGAACGCUAUAAUGGCAGAAAUGGCUCGGAAAGACGGCAAUAUUUCUGUGUCUAACCUCAAAAACGGGUUUGCUCUGGCGGAUCAGGAACCUUGGAUACAACAGGCAACCGUCCGGGAUAACAUUACCUUUGGCAGUCCGUUCAACGCCAAGAAAUACGCUGAUGUACUGGAUGCAGCAUCACUCACAAAAGAUAUAGAGAUGUUACCAGCUGGAGAUAAGACAGAAGUUGGUGAGAAUGGAGUUACAUUGAGUGGAGGUCAGAAAGCUAGACUCGCCCUAGCAAGAGCAUUAUAUCAGGAUAAGGAGGUGUAUCUUCUUGACGACCCUUUAGCAGCAGUGGACGCGCACGUGGCACAACAAAUGUAUGACAAGUGCAUCAUGGGAUUGCUAAAAAACAAGACGAGAAUCCUAUGCACGCAUCACAUCAAUUUUCUUGGAGAAGCAGAUCUUGUCAUUGCUAUGGAUGAUGGAAAAAUCACCAAAAUGGGUCUUCCAUGUGAAGUGCUUACCGAUGUUAAAUUUGCUGAACACAAACCAUCGGACAAAGAAGGCGUGAAGGUGGUUUACAAUGAUAACAACAACAAGGAAGGGAAACUAGGAGAGGAGACUAAGGCUACUGGGGAAAUGAAGUUAGAAGUGUACAACGCAUAUCUAUCAGCGAUAGGUAAAUGGCUAGCCCUAGCCAUGAUAAUAUCUAUUGUCUUCAUGCGAGUGUCCGAGAUGAUGAAAGACUGGUGGCUGACUUACUGGGUAUCCAGUACUAAUAAUGACGAUACCAACACCUCCAUUUCUCGAUAUCUCUGUUUCCAUGACAACAUGUCCACACCAAUUAUCUUCGAUCAACGUUAUGACUUCACAUCACCUGCAUCAUCCGGAAAAUCAAGUCUUUUCUACUACAUGGGGGUGUACGCAUGUCUGUCUGGUGUUUACUCUCUAUUCUCGCUUGUCAGGGAAAUUUUAUUUACCUAUAGUGGGAUGAGAGUAGCGAAGACCAUACACAGUGACCUACUCAAUACUAUACUAAAGGCGCCUAUGUCCUUCUAUGAUGUGACUCCUAUAGGACGAAUUCUGAACAGGUUUUCAUCAGACAUGGGGACUAUCGACGACUCCAUAAGCCACAUGAUUAUGGUGGUUCUGUGCCAAUUUUUCGAAGUUGUUGGAGCUAUAUCCAUUGUCUGCUACGGAAUGCCUUGGUUCAUACUUCUCCUUCUACCUGUGUGCGCAGUCUACUAUCAGCUACAGGAAAAAUAUCGCCACACGUCUAGGGAAGUUAGACGAAUAGCAAGUCUUAACCGUUCACCGAUCUUCUCCCACUUCUCAGAGACUGUUGCGGGAGUAGUUACGAUCCGGGCAUUUCGGGAGUCCGAAAGAUUCAAAGACCAAUACGUUAAUCGUCUGGACAACUGGUUAAAAACUCGUUAUACAGGCCACAACAUAGCACUCUGGCUUUGGAUCCAGACGCAGUUGGUUGGAAUCGUCAUGGUGACUGGAAUAGCCUUUUUGGCUGUGAUUGAACACAACAUACAUGGAAUCGAUCCAGGUGUAGCUGGACUCGCCAUUUCCUACAUCCUUUCGCUGUCUGGUCUUUUAAACGGAAUCGUCAACUGCGUAACUGAGACUGAAACACAAAUGGUUAGCGUGGAGAGGGUACAGCAGUAUAUAGAGGACACGCCCAGCGAGAAAUGGGAAGGUUCACAGCCCUCUCCGGCCUGGCCAGCUACAGGUGUGAUCAGCUACAGUGAUGUCCACAUGAAGUACAGGGAUGGUUUACCUAACGUCCUCAAAGGCCUCACGUUCAGCACAAGUCACGCAGAAAAAGUUGGAAUUGUGGGACGAACUGGAUCCGGGAAAUCAAGCCUCUUCCAGACACUGUUUCGUACUGUGGAGAUCAGCUCCGGAGAUAUAACCAUUGAUGGAUUGAACAUACAGCAACUGGAUCUCAAAGACGUCAGACGACAUCUGGCUGUGAUUCCCCAGGACCCAUUCCUCUUUAGUGGUACCGUCAGGGAGAAUCUGGACCCCACCUCUUCCUACAGUGACGAAGAACUAUGGGGUGUUCUUGACAGGUGUCACCUCCGACUGCCUGUCGACAGACUCGGAGGACUCGAGGGAGAGGUAGCAGAGAAGGGCCGGCAUUUUUCAGUGGGACAGAGACAACUCAUGUGUUUGGCUAGGGCACUUCUCACUAAGGCCAAGGUGCUGUGUAUUGACGAAGCUACGGCUAGUGUGGAUCUGGAGACAGACAUAUUGAUACAGGAGACAAUACGACAGGAGUUUGUGGACAGUACGGUGCUGACCAUUGCCCAUCGUAUCAACACCAUAAUGGACAGUGACCGAGGGUUGGUGAUGGAUCAAGGUCAGGUGGCCGAAUUGGACUCUCCAGAAAACCUUCUCAAAAAUCCACAAUCUGAAUUCUACCAGUUAGUUCACGGGAAACAAUCUCAUGAGCUGUAGGGUGAAGGCUUCACGUCUUGAAUACAACUUAGAAAAGCAAUAAUGUUAGAUGCCAUUACCUUCUAUAGAAAUGAUAGCAAUAUAUGUAGGGUUUUCCCAUAGAAACAAAUCUUGCCAAGUAUUGUGUUUCAUUUUAGGAAUGAAUAUUUAAUGUUGAAAUGUACUCAAUGAAAUACUACCAAUGUGUUAUAGAGAUAUAUUAUCAUGAAUCAGAUUUUAUAUCUGCACACUGAUUUAUAUUACAGAGAUAUCGGUGCUCUCAGCAUGGAGACCGAGGCAAAAUUCAAUGUCAUUUUGUCAACGUUUUAUGAAAACAAUUGUGAAUUUGGUCAUAUUGUGUUAAACAAAUUUGUUUCUAUUUCCGAAACUUAUAGAAGUGUGUAAUGCAUUUCAGCUAUAUACAGGAUGUGUUUGUUACGUAAACGUUACGUUAUGGUUUACAGUUAACUGUGUUUUAUACUUGUAAUUGUAUGGUUUACAGUUAACUGUGUUUUAUACAUGUAAUUGUAUUGUUUACAGUUACUGUGUUUUAUACAUGUAAUUGUAUGGUUUACAGUUAACUGUGUUUUAUGUUAUACGGUACAACAGGGACCUCUUCUGAUACAUGACGGGCAUUACGUAAACAAAAACACGAGGAAAAUAGGCAUACUAUUGCAUUAACAUUAUUUUUUUGUAUUUUAUUGUAUUGAAAAAAAGUAUG